CAAGGAUGCCUGGGAUUCCUCCUGUCAUCAGGUGUUCCGGAGGGCGUCAGAUGUGGCCAUGCAGGCGCUUGCGCAUUUUGCGGAGAGAUCUCAGCAACAGUUGCCUCCAUUAGAAUUCCAGAGUCCUGCAUCCACAAUGCUCGCUUCCAGCAUUGCUUUGGAGGACCUGCUCCUGUAUCUUUCCACAUACAGGAAUCUUUUCACGAGGCCCUGCUCAGCCACCGGCAAGCUGCUGGCUUUAGACGCUGUGACCAAUCAGCUGCUGCCGCCCAUUGUGCGGCCCUUCAAGCGUUCAAGGAGCGUGUUGCUAGCCAUGGCAAAUGGCUCAGAGCCAUGCCAAGCAUUCCACCCUCAUGUUGAGGCAGCCACAGAGGACUUGCCAUAGGUCAGAUGGAGAGCGCAUCAUAGAAAGUCACACGCAAGACGCAGUUGGUGUGAGUGCUUGUGUCACAGUGUGUCAAGAACUUUCCAGCUUCACGGAAGAAUAUUAAUUUUGUCGACGGGGUAAUGCUUUGCAUAUCCAUGCAUGUGUUCCUGAGAGAAGCUGUGUGAGGGGUGGAAAUAUUAGGAGGAUUGUGCUGUGGCAUAGAACACAAACUCUAAGACAAUUUGACAUUCUUGGACAGUCACUGCUGAGGCGAAAUGGCCGAAGCCCUUCUGGCACCAUACCAUUGUCCUUGCAAGACUUGCGAAUCCUUAUAUACUUAUACACUCUGCUUGUAAAAAUUGUGCAAGGC